GCCCUUGUGUCUGGUGCUCGCUAGAGCUGCUGCUGCCGCCGCCGCUGCCGCCGCCGCCGCCGCCUCCGUCGCCGCCGCCGCCGCCGCCGCCACUGCUGCUGCUGCAGCCGGAGCAUCCGGGAGCCGCCGCCGCUGCUGCCACCGCUACCAAGCGCUGCUACCACUGCUACCCACCUCUUCUCCCAGGACUCUGACACCCGAGCGCGAGCGGCGGUGCUGCCAGCUUGCUGCCCCUGUCCCCCACCCCUCCCUUCCGUGACCUACCCACUCCUUGCAGCCCUCGCCUGCACCUUCCCCGACACCCCGGCAUCUCCGCAUCACCUGCCUGAGCAACCUCCGGGCGGGCUCUGGGACUUGCCUCGAGCUCCGUAAGGAAGGCAAGGUCCAAACCGGUGCCGGGCAGAUCGGUUGUCGGGGCUGCACCACCACCAGCAGAAGGAGAAGAAACUAUUUAGCCCACCGAAACCCCAUUCUGCGGGUGCUCUGCCACUGCCGCUUUUGCUGCCGGCAACCAGCUUCCGCGCGGGUUCGAACACAGCAGCGGCGGUACCGUGGGUCCGGCGGGAGCCGGGGGGGACGACACCAGCGGAGCCCUUGCACUGUGUGGUUCGCUCAACCAGCAUCUCCUUGCCCCCUCGAUCCUUCCCCAGACCCUUAAAAGGAGGGACCAUGAUUUGGAAACGCAGCGCGGUUCUCCGCUUCUACAGUGUCUGCGGGCUCCUGUUACAAGGCAGCCAAGGGCAGUUUCCACUAACUCAGAAUGUCACGGUUGUUGAAGGUGGAACUGCAAUUUUGACCUGCAGAGUUGAUCAAAAUGAUAACACCUCCCUCCAGUGGUCAAAUCCAGCUCAACAGACUCUGUACUUCGAUGACAAGAAAGCUUUAAGGGACAAUCGGAUCGAGCUGGUUCGCGCUUCUUGGCAUGAGUUGAGCAUCAGUGUCAGUGACGUGUCUCUCUCGGAUGAAGGACAGUACACCUGCUCCUUAUUUACAAUGCCUGUCAAAACUUCCAAGGCCUAUCUCACUGUCCUGGGAGUCCCGGAGAAGCCUCAGAUUAGUGGAUUUUCGUCCCCAGUCAUGGAGGGAGACCUGAUGCAGCUGACUUGUAAGACGUCCGGCAGUAAGCCUGCGGCUGAUAUAAGAUGGUUCAAAAAUGACAAAGAAAUCAAAGAUGUGAAGUACUUGAAAGAGGAGGAUGCUAACCGAAAGACCUUCACUGUUAGCAGCACGCUGGACUUCCGAGUGGACCGUAGCGAUGAUGGAGUGGCGGUCAUCUGCAGAGUAGACCAUGAGUCCCUCAAUGCCACCCCUCAGGUAGCCAUGCAGGUGCUAGAAAUACACUAUACACCAUCAGUUAAGAUUAUACCAUCAACUCCUUUUCCACAAGAAGGACAGGCCUUAACUUUGACCUGUGAAUCUAAAGGAAAACCACUGCCAGAACCUGUUUUGUGGACGAAGGAUGGUGCCGAAUUACCAGAUCCUGAUCGAAUGGUUGUGAGUGGUAGGGAACUCAACAUUCUCUUCCUGAACAAAACGGACAAUGGCACUUACCGAUGUGAAGCCACGAACACCAUUGGACAAAGCAGUGCCGAGUAUGUCCUCAUUGUUCACGAUGUUCCCAACACUUUGCUUCCCACUACUAUCAUCCCCUCCCUUACCACUGCACCAGUAACAACCUCUGUAACCAUAACAACCAGCCCAAGCACAUCUGCAUCAAGCAGCAGCAGAAGAGAUCCCAAUUCUCUGGCUGGCCAGAAUGGCCCUGACCACGCUCUCAUCGGAGGAAUAGUGGCUGUUGUUGUAUUUGUUACACUGUGCUCCAUAUUCCUGCUUGGCCGAUAUCUGGCAAGACAUAAAGGAACAUAUCUAACAAAUGAAGCUAAAGGAGCCGAAGAUGCACCAGAUGCCGACACAGCCAUUAUCAAUGCUGAAGGCAGCCAAGUCAAUGCCGAAGAGAAAAAAGAGUAUUUCAUUUAAAAUUCAGGCUUCAAGUUCUGAGUUUUACCUACCAGGCUGACUGCUGGAGAAAACUGGCAAUCAUCUUUCAGAAAUCAUUCCAAUCAUCUUCUUCUACUACUUUUAUUAACACCCAUACUGUACUGCUCUCAGUAGCCAGUGUAUACCAACAAUCAGCAGUUGAAAGCAUCAUUCUUUAAUUACUGUACCAUCCAUAAUGCAGGACAUUUCUUAUUGCCUAAAUUUUACACCAUUGCUCUUUUAACAUACAGUGCUUGAAUAUACAGCCUUAACAAUGUUAAUCAUCUCACUGGAUCAUGGUAUUGAGUUGUUUUUAUACAUUGAAGAAAUGUAUGCAGAGCCCCGCCCCUACAUUUGUUUUUCUUGAAGUCAUAGACUUUAUUGGUUUGCCAUUGGACAGUUAUCACAAGUCACAGGAUUAGGUGAUAACCUAAUGUGUUUAAGCUUAAUCGAAGAUUAGUGGUUUACAAACGAUGUUUUCUACCUGUCUAUCUUCAAAGAUAACAUGUUGUGGAAACAUACGCUCUAGAAAACACAAACUGAAAAAACACUGUAGUGUAGUUUCUGGAAUGUUUGAGAUUAUACUGGUAAUACUGUAUCAAGUGGCUAUUUUAAAAUUUAGUGUUUGAUACAGGCACCAUGUGUAUGGAUUAUACUCAUGACAUGACACCUUAUAUUAUUAUAUAGAUCCUACCAUUAGGUUAUUGUAGCUUCAUUUACCAAUAAAUUAUUACAAACAUUUAACUGCUUUGGGAAUCAUAAAGAUUUCAUUCAUUUCUCUAUUUGAUUCUAUAAUUUAUUUGUUCCAUAAGGAUUCACCUGCCUAAACAAAACUGAAGUAGGGCACAAUUUUGAGACAUUUUAGUAUCUGUAUAUAGUGCAUAUAAUAAAUCCAAUUAAACAUUAUUUGAUACAUAUUUAACUUUUUUGGCUGUAGGUUAUUCAGUCAUAAGUACGCAUUUUCUAACGUUCCAUUAUAUCCCUUUAGAUAUUACAUAAACUGAUAUUAUAAGUAGAUAACAUGGAUUAGUAUUUUUGUCUGUAUGUCCCAGCACUGUCAACAACAAAAUUUUUCUAGUUCUUGUUAAUUUUUAUUUGUUAUACAAUGGAAGCACAAUGUUACAAGGAAAGGUAAUUUUAAGCUAACAACCAGUGCACAGCCUCAGGUUUUAAAUCACAACCACAGUUGAAUAAUAACCUAAAAACAAACUCUUAGUUUGAUUUAAUUUAAAAAACAACUUUACAUAUUUUAAUUUGGCAGUUUCAGGGCUGCUUAACUAUGUUGAUUUGCCAAAAAGGAAGUGUUUAUGAUAUUUUCUGCAUAAAUGAGCUAAUUCUUUAUAUUAAAUUCCUGUCUAUGCAUUCUGUGAGGUACAAACUUAUGAAACGGAGAGUGAUAGAGAACCCGUGCCGUGCUCUUAACUCCAAGGUGAAAGUCUCUUUCUCUGGAUUAUUUUAAAUUUUGGUAUAUUGAAAUAUUAUAAAAUUCUGUAAUCUUAAAUAUGUCACAAAGCCAAUACAAGUCUUCUAUCUAUGGGUGAAAUAAAAUAUUGGUAGAAUAGUUUUCAUUACACUUAUUGGAAGCUAAAGAAUAAAGAUCCAGUUAGAUGAAAAAAAUUAUUUUCCCAUUUUCAAGCAUUGCACCUUUAAGAAGAAAACAAAAAUUACAAUAUGGUAGCUGUACUUGUGAUGUCUAACAGCAUGGUGGAGUUUUAAAAAUACCUUGGAACUUAUUUGCGGGGAAGAAGAAUGAUUGAAUACAACAUCCUAUGUUAAUAACACAUGAGGACAAGGGUGCUGUAUAUUAGAUUAUUUAUCAGAAAAGUAUCGAACAUUUAAGGACAAUGUUAGAAUUUUUAAUUUUUUUUAAAAUUGUGUAGCAUUUAUCUUGUUGAUUUCUUACAAAAGAAAAAGGACGAUGUCAGUCAAGCAGCACUUUUUUCAAGAUAUACAGAACAUAAAUAAUAUGAUGUGGUUGAGUGUUAACAUAAUAAAUCAUAUACAGUAUGACAUUUUAAGGAAAUAAGUCUGCAUUGAUGUGAUUGCAUGCUUGUUUUUACAGUUCACUCCAUACCAUCUGUGGAAAAAAAAAUGCAAUAAUAUGUUAAUAUAGUAUGGUAGUUCGAGAGAAUCAGGUAGGUGCCUCUAGACACAUUGAAACUAGAAUAGGUCUAUAAACUGCUCAUAUCUUUCAAUGCAUAAUCUUUAGAAAGACUCCACACAGCAAAAAUUCAUCCUGUUAGUACAAAAUGGAAAGGUUCCUAUUGCUAAGUAUGUUGUAUAACUGUAUCAUCAGUUACUAUUUAAAGCCUAAUUUCAGGAUACAUUUACAAAAUUGCUACUCUUCAUCGAUGUUGUAUUUAUAUCCUUCAUCUAUAUUCUACUUGGCUCCAACUGCUAAAAUUGUUGCCUAGAUAACAGAAACAUUAUUUAUAACACUAUAAAAUUAGAAACCCCAAAUUGUUUGCAUUUCAAGACUUUUGACUCUUUUGACCCUUCUGAGAAAUACAUAAACCCAUUAGAACUUUUAAAAUAAAAUCACUGGCAGAUAAAAAAUUAGUGAGCUCUAAUCAAAUGGUUUUCAGUCAAACAUAGCUAAUUUUGAUUGAAUGACAUUUCCUGUCAUGGAACAAAAGUGAUGGAGUUAUACUUUCCUGUAUUGAAAGCUUAUUUGAUUUUCACUGAAGGAAACAAGUUACGAGAAUUGUAGGCAUUUCCCAUUCCAGUAAAUAAAAAAAUAAAUAAAUAAAUGAAAUCAUAUUUCUAAAUUGGACUCAUGUCAACUGAAAAGCCUGAAAUAUGCCCAGUCAUAUGCACAUGGGACUGAUCUCUGUCUCUGCUAAGAGAGUUCAGUAGAUAGGAAACACAGUGAAAAGAGUGUGUGUGUAUACACUCCUCAAAGACCAUGCAAAGACCAUGAGCAUCAUUCAUUAAAAAAGGAAGUUCCUCUCUGCCAGAAAUGUUUACAGUGUACAUUGAUUGUCCUCCAUCAGUAAGAUCUAACCAGUAUUAUUCUUGUCUUCUUUUCCUUUUUGAAUGUCCUCGGAAAAAUGGUGGGACCAAAACUAUAAGAAGAAAAAAAAAAGGAAAAGUAUAUGAAUAAAAUAGUAAAGACAUAAUACCCCAUUGGAAUAUUGGUGUGUGUGUGUGUGUGUGUGUGUGUGUGUGUGUGUGUGUGUGUGUGNUGUGUGUGUGUGUGUGUGUGUGUGUGUGUGUGUGUGUGUGUGUGUGAGAGAGAGAGAGAGAGAGAGAGAAAGUGCGUGUUUGCAUGUGCAUGUCUGUGUGUGUGUGUGUGUGUGUGUAUUUGUGUGUAUUGAAGAGAAGAGAAAUUAAAACAAACACAGAAAAAGAGAUUCCAACUUGUUUUCUUUUACCAGAAAUUGCAAGAAGCAAUUUAUGAAACCUGAUAUUGGGAUUUAAUCUAGAAACCGGAUGAAAUCAUUAGAGAUGUUUAGACUUUCAUAAAAACUUUACAAUUACAGUAACAAAUAGAGAAAGAAAAGCAACUUUCCUGAUUAUGGCAAAGAAGCUAACACCUCAUUUGUUUUGUUUGAGUUUUUGUUUGGUUUUUGUAAAAAUAUAAAUAUUCAAUUAAAGAGACAGGCUCACUUGUAAUUAUGAACUCAUGACUGUAACAGCAUUGAGAUACCAUUUAGGCACAUGUACAGCAGAUGUUUGACAGUAACGGUUCUUCCAUGUAACAUAGCAGUUAUUGUGUGAUUUAGUGCCACUUAUUGCAAAGUGUUACCCAUGGGCACACUAAAAAUGCAUUUUCCCCACCCUUUUGACAUACGUAUAAUUUAAAAGAAAAAAAAAUCACACCUUUUUUUUUCAAUUUGUGAUACUUCAUAUCAGACUGUAGCCUUCCCAUAAUAUUUUUGUCCCAGAAAACUGUUGAAAAUGCCCAACUUUAUUUCCUUUGACACAUGGUAAUCUAUAAUGGGUACAGACAAUGAGGCGAUCAACUGAAAUAACUGAAAAACCUAAAGGAAACUACUGACGAGUAAUGCUUUUUGUUAAGUGGCACCAAGUACACACUAGAAACUAUGCAAACUGUAGGUAAAUACACUGUAUGUACGCGUAAGUAUCUUGUACUAGCUGUGUAUGGAUGUUGGACACCCAUGUAAUUAUAAUAUGCAUUUUGAAUUCUGGGAAAGAGGAAAUCUUAGUGUAGAUAAUAUAAUUUGUUUUGAAAUAUACACUGGCAAUAUUGAAAUAUACUCAGUGCAAUAUCUCUAAUUCUAUUGCUGGAUAUUUAAUGCAAAGGGUUUUACAAAUCCUCUUAAAGAAGAUCCAAGAGUUUUGCUAAUUCAUCUCUCAUGUUUUAAAGUACUAACUACAGCAAGUGGUAGUUUUUAUUCUUACUUAUUAAGGUAACGAAGGACAUUUAUUUGGUUUAGUUUUUACUCUAGAGAAUGAAAAGACAUGGAUUUUAAUCUUUGAUUUCAUAUCUAAUCAAAUUUAGCAAUCUUAAUUUUUUUGAAAUGUAUGUGCUUUAGUGAAUCGACAUACUUUGAUUAUGAGUAAAAAUUUACUCAAAGAAUGUAAGAUAUAUUUAGUAUUUAAAGUCACUUAUAUUUUAACGAGGACAUUUUCUUUUCUAUAUUUGCCUUUGUUUCCAUAGCACAACCCAAACAUGCCCUUUGCACUUCUAUAUACCCUUCCAAAGGCAGUGGAUUGAACGUAGCAGGAUAAUCAUGAGACUUGAAGGGGAUGGUAUAUGUGAAUGGGUUCUAAAAUAAUCAGCAUAUUUAUGUAUUGAGAUUACUCUCAAAUGCAAUAGUUAUUGGAUAUAGCUGGUAAUUUCUCUGCCAUGCAUACUUACAGUAAUUCUUCUACCUCUCACUUUUAACAUGGGCUAUGAUACUUCAAUAUAAAUAGCGGAAGUAAAUAUUUACAAGAUAUCCCAGGAAGCAUCAUUUUGGGACCUUCAUAACAAUGCACUCCCCACUCCCUGGGAAAUCUCAAAAGCCAACUUCUUGUAGUGUAUUUUAUGGUGUAUGGGUAAGCGUUUGUUUAGCUUCUCUCUCAUUAGCUGCAUAUAUAGGUAACACAUGAAACUUUGGUGAGGACAGUUCUUUCCACGCCUAGUUAGUGUUUUGCUGUUAUGUAAUUGUAACUUUUGAAAAGUAAUUUGAUGGCAGCAGUUUGCAAUCCAAUUUGAUAUUUCAUUUUAUUUUUAAAGUAUAAGAAUUUCUUCAAAUUCAAUGCUGUAUUUUAAGUACAAAUCAUGUAUAUGAUUUAAUUUCCAGAGAAAUAUUAUCUAUAUAAACAAAAACUAAGUAUUUUAAAACUGCCUCCUUAUGAACAAAUAACCCCAAUAAUUCAAAAUAUUGCCUCAAAAGCCCACUUUUUCUGCCUACACAUGAUAGGAAGUUUUCAAUGAUGUAAUUUAAAUAUGUUAAAAUAAAAUGCCACUUUAUGAGCGUAUUUUCCCUUCAGGAAAAAAAAUAGAUUACAUAAAUUUAUUAAAUAUUGAUGGUGAAUCUAUAAAAUACACUUAAAAUUAAAGUAAGAGUUUAUGUUAUGUGGUUAUGUUAUACAUAUUAUUUGAUUUAGUCUUUAACAUCGUGUCCAUAUAUGUAUAUGUAAUAUUUAUAUAUAUUACAUAUAUGAAAUGUGUGAUUAUUUUGGAGAAAAUGGGCCCAAAUGUGAAAAAGAUGUAAAGAAAACACUAUAACUCCUUGGAAAUAUGAUGUAUAUUUCAAAUAUGUUAAGUUUAAAGAGAAGUGACAAUUGCAGAGGCACAAGAAAAAAAUCUACCAGGGCUCAGCACUCAAGCACUUUCCCCACAUCCAGGGUCAAAGCAGUAGCGAUUCCUACACGGACUUUUAAGCGCAGCAUGAAAUGCAGCAUUACACGAACACACAGUACUGUCAAACCUCAAAUGCUUUCUUUCUUUAGAUGCUUUCCCUUGUACAUGAUCCUCGUAGACAUGUUUUUAUAUUUGCUGAUAGUGAAAGUCACGCGCAAUAAAAUGUAACGGUUGGAAGCAGUAGUCACGAAUCGGUUAAAGACAAGUACAAAAUGUAAACAGUUGUUAUCUUUCUCCUCCUUGCUUUUCUCCGUGGUUCCGAUGUGUUGACUGAAUGUCAUAAAUAGAACAAAAAAAGAAAAAAAAAAAAACAAAAACAAAGCAGAAGCUUUUCAAAGCUGGUAAUAUUGCUCCUUAUAAAUAUGUAACAUUUUUAUCUUUAUACAAACUUACUUCGCUGUACUCGCUGUACGUGUUGUCGAUUGAUUCAAUGAUGCAAUUGAGUACUGAACUAAGGACUUCUGAGUUUGGAAUGGCUGAUCUCUUCUUCGUAUUCAGUUCACAUCAAUAGUUGCGAAUCAGUUGUUAAGCUUUUUAUUCAACCGUACACAUUCCUUAAAGACAGCUCCAUUCUUAUCAUAAACAUUUCAGUGUAAACAACCUUGGAACAAGUUUGCCAUGUUAAAAAAAAAAUUUAAAGACUUAUCUCUGAAAACAGUGUCCAGAAAUGCAGGUGUUCCCGGUAAUGAAGCUUCAAAAAUAAAGUGUUCUAUUUAUAUGACAUGAAAUCCAUAUCUUUUGGAAGGGUAUACUUAAUGACAGCACUCAAAUAUAUUCUGUGCUGCAAAGAAGAUCCAAAUGAAGCAUAUCGCACAGAAAACAAACACAAUUAUUGAAUCUACUUGUAUCAUGAACAUUUUCACAAAACAAAAUGCAUAUUGUAAUAUUAAGUACAUGACACUUGCAUGUUAAUAUGCCUAUAUACUGACAAAGUAUUCAAUGUGUACUGAGUGGCGCUUCAAAUAUGUCAUGUACAACACUUAGAAACAUGCCUACAAGGGGUCCCACUUGCACUUCAUCCUUUCAGAAAAGUCUCCUCACACAUGCAAAAAAAAUGUCUGAUAAAUAUGAAAAAAAUAAAAUUUGAAUUUUAGUUAUCUGUUGGACAUUACUGAACUUCUUCAUUUAGUGUAUUCUAGGUUUUGAACACAGACAUUGAGAAUAAACGUUCUUUUCUCCAGUGAAAGAUUACAAAAGAUGUGGUGGAGCACCUUCUGUUAUGCCAAACGCAUUAUUUUGAAUACCUUUUCUCAAUUGCAUUUUAUAUCCAUCUAUUUUAGGUUUCCUCAACGAUAUACAAUUUUCUUGUAAAUUUCUAAAGGGAACUUUUUUUUUUUAAAUGAGAGCUACUAAAUGUUAUCUUUCUGAUAAAACAUUUACUCAUUACUCCUUGAAAUGUAUGAACCUUGUGAUAUGCUAAGGGUUAAAAAAGAAAAGUGUCGCUGACAUAAAGAAUUUUGCUUGAGAUUGCCAACAUUCAAAAUUCUGUAAAAGCACUUUUGCAUCCACUUAUUUGUGUUCACUAAUGUUGACUAGGAACAGAAGCAAAAAUAUCUAAAACAACCUUUUUUAUUUCUACACUCUAACCGAUAUAUUUCAACUACCUAAGAUAAUGCGAUUAACCAUAUAUACAUCCCAAGCUUAUAACAAUAAGAAUUUGAGAUAAGCUUUUAAAUUUAUGGAAGAUUUUCUUUGUGUCUUUGGAAGUUCACUUACCAUAAGGUAUUUUGUAGUGUACUUUAAGUAACAGAUUUUGUUAUACAGGGUAAGCCAAAGGCUGUACAAGAAUUAGUGCCAUUGGGUCUGAUAUUUGUGUUGGACCAUGAAAUAUUCCAUUAAAAUUUGUCUGUAAAUACAAGGCAA